AUCGACACAAACACAGUACACACAAAGCUCCAACUGUCUGACAACAACAGGAAGGUGACACAUGGGAAGGAGGUUCAGUCAUAUCCUGAUCAUCCAGACAGAUUUGAUGUUCAUCCUCAGCUGCUGUGUAGAAAUGGUCUGACUGGUCGCUGUUACUGGGAGGUCGAGUGGAGAGGAAAGGUUGAGAUAUCAGUGAGUUACAGAAGAAUCAGAAGAAAAGGAAACAGUUUUGACUGUUUCUUUGGACGCAAUGAUCAGUCCUGGAGUCUGUGCUGCUAUAAUGGUGCCCCUCAUUCUGUCUGGCACAAUAACAGACAAACGUCCAUCUCUUCCUCCUCCUCCUCCUCCUCUGUCUCUAACAGAGUAGCAGUGUAUGUGGACUGUCCUGCUGGCACUCUGUCCUUCUACAGAGUCUCCUCUGACACUCUGAUCCACCUCCACACCUUCAACACCACAUUCACUCAAACUCUUUAUCCUGGGUUUGGAGUAGGAUACAAGAAGGACAUGCUUGGAUUUACAGUCUAUCCUGAUUCCUCAGUGACUCUGUGCUGAGUGGAGUGUAAAGAGUUUCCUCCUGUUAGAGAAACACUCUGAAUGUUGAACAGAUAGUUCAGUCUGUACAUGUCUGUCUCUUUCACUCACAAACACGUUUUCAGAUUCAUGGAUUCAAUCAGUUGAUGUUUGAAACUCUU